AUGACAAGCGACGACCCUUUGGAGACCGUUAUCGGCCGUUUUGGAAAAUAUCAAACAUGGAUUUUACUCCUAUUGACUCUUGGUCGACUUCCCUCAGACUUUCAAUUGGUUAACGUGGUCUUCGUGGUACCCAGUGUUCAAUACGUGUGCAUGGACGAAGGCACACAGAAUUUAACGAAUCAUUGUCCCUGCGAUAAUCCGAUGUACGAUACAAGUGCUAUAGUGAAUUCAGUUCCUACGACUUGGAAUCUCAUAUGUAAUAGAAGACACUUGGCGAGUUUAGCACAAUCUUCACUACAAAGAAAUAUUUUACAUGUUUUGAGUAAUUAUUAUAUAUAUUUCAGAUAUGGCCGACGACUAGCCAUUCUACUAGCUCUAAUGUCACAAAUUUUCUUCGUGGGUACAUCAGCGAUAGUACCCCAUCUGUGGAUGUUCAUCGCUUGUCGUUUACUCAUUGGAGCCUCAGUCGGCGGAACGUUAAUUUGUUGCUACGUGAUGCUUGUGGAACUUUCUGGAAAGGCGUUUAGGCCAUAUUUGACUGGCCUUAACGAAAUGUCUUACACAUUGAGUUAUAUAUCAUUACCACUAAUUGCGUAUUUCAUACGGGACUGGAGGUAUUUGCAGCUGACGAUUUCACUGCCAUGGCUAUUUGUAUUGUUUUUCUACAAUUUUAUCCCGGAAUCUCCUCGAUGGUUAAUAACGAUGGGCAAGAAAGAGCAAGCAAUAGAAGUGCUCACUUAUAUAGCUAUAAAGAAUAAUCGACCCACAAACAACAUCAAGCAUAUUGUCGAAAAGGAAUUACUGCAUAACAACAGCGAUAAGCAAAACAACGGGUCGUAUUUGGACUUAUUUAAAACGCCAAAAAUGAGAAUCUACACCCUCAUAAACGCUUUUAUUUGGUUAUGUUGCUCCCAUACCUUCUUUGGCAUCAAUCAGUACAUCGGCCGCCUAGACGGCAAUCUCUACUUCAACGUGUUUCUAUCUGCUAUCGGAUUUGUCCCAGCAUUGUUUCUCGUCAUCGCAGUAUCUUUGUAUGUAAGCCGAAAAAUGGCUAUGGUCGUUUCUUUUGUAGGUACAGGCCUCGUUUUGUUAGUCUUCAUAUUUAUACCAAGCGACAUGAAGUAUACAACGUUAGGCUUCGCUAUAGUCGGGCAAAUUAUAAUAUACAUCGCAUUUAUCCUGAUAUACUUGUAUACUUCCGAAGUGUUCCCGACCGUUUUGAGGAAUUCAGCUAUGGGUUUCGCGUCAAUGUUUGCGAGAAUUGGUGGCUUUAUAGCUCCGUUUGUGGUUAAUUUGGAUUCUGAAUGGGGCUCCAUUUUAGUGUUUAGUGCAGUGUCGCUGUUAGCUGGUGCGCUAUGUCUUCCGUUGAGGGAAACUAAAGACACUGUUCUGUUGAACACUAUUGAAGAGACUGAACAUUACAAUAAGAAGAAAACUCAAGCGCAAUAGUUCUAUAAUUUCAUAUAAAUCAUUACGUAAAGAUAUAAGCUAUGUAUGAACUAGUCAAAUAAAUAAUGUUUUAUUAUGUGUAUAAUUUAAUAGAAGUCACGUGAUGCUAAGAU